AUGGCUAGAGAAGAUCAUUUACGAAAAGGUUCAGAUGUUAGUGCAUAUGAAGCUUUAAUAGCUGGUGCUAUAUCUGGUGCUGUUUCAAGAGCUUUCACUGCACCAUUAGACACUAUUAAAAUACGACUACAAUUACAACAACAUAGUUUUAAAAAUAGAAAAACUUUACCAACAAUUGUUAAAAAUUUAUUAAGAGAAGAAGGUUUAAUUGCAUUAUGGAAAGGUAAUGUACCUGCUGAAAUAUUAUAUAUAUUAUAUGGUGGUGUUCAAUUUACUUCAUAUUCAAUACUAAGUAAAUCAUUAAAUAAUUUUGAAAAAGUUUAUAAUCUCAAAUUAUCACCAGCUACACAUUCAUUAAUUGUUGGUAUUGGUGCUGGUGUUGCAAGUAUAUGGGUAACUUAUCCAUUUGAUUUAUUAAGAACAAGAUUAGUUGCAAAUUCAAAAAGAAAUUUAAUAUCAAUGACAUCUACAAUGUCAAAAAUUAUUAAAACAGAAGGAUUUUUUGGAAUGUUUGCAGGUAUACGACCGGCUAUGUUAUCAAUAGCUUCAACUACUGGUUUGAUGUUUGGUUCAUAUGAAUUAGCAAGAGAUUUCAGUAGGAAAUAUGAUAAAAUACCAUUUAUAGAAGGAAUUUGUGGAUUUAUAGCAGGAGCUACAGCAAAAGGAAUUACAUUUCCAUUAGAUACUUUAAGAAAACGAUGUCAAAUGUAUUCAGUUGUACAUGGUAAGAAAUAUGCUAGUGCAUUUCAUAUAUUUAUGAAUAUUAUUAAAAAGGAAGGGAUAUUUGGUUUGUAUAAAGGUUUUGGGGUAAGUAUUUUAAAAACAGCACCAACUAGUGCUAUUUCAUUGUUCAUGUAUGAAUAUUCAGUUACAUUAUUAAAAUCAUUUAAAUCUUGA